AUGCUGAGAAGAAUCCGGCUACUAGCAUGUGUUAUAGCUAUCAGCUUUGUAGUGUGUCAUGAUGCUAAGGAGUGUCGGAGGCAUGCUUCAUGUGGAGAUCUUCUAGACAUUCGAUACCCUUUUAGCCUGAGAAACGGUUCUGAAGUUAAUUGCCCCCGUUAUCCAGCUGAGCUAUCGUGCGAGCAUAAUCGCACCACCUUCAAUCUCUUUAAUUCUACAUAUUAUGUCAAAGCGCCAAUCAACUAUAAGGAUCGUACAAUCCAUGUUGUGGAUCCUGGCUUGCUAAACGAUACUUGCCCUUUUAGGCCACUCAACUGGUUAACGUUUUAUAAUUUCAGCGAAUAUGGAUAUCGAUAUGGAUAUGGAUAUGAAUUUGGAUAUUCGCUAGUUGGUGAUCACGAUUAUAUAUCUUUCUUUGAUUGCUUGUCACCCGUUGAGUCUCCGGAUUACGUAAAAAUCAACUGCAGUACUACCAACUCAUCAUCUGCUACAACCUCAUAUUCUUAUAUUAUGGUGAAAGAUAGAGUGGACAAUCUUCAACCCUCUUGUAAUCUGACCGGAAUUGUUCAAUAUUCUUAUGAUAUCACACAAGCUGGAAGUGGCCUUUCAUUUUCUUUCAUCCGUGAUCAUUUGAGAAGCGGUAUAGAGCUUUAUUGGGAUGGAUAUCUCCUCGACAGUUACUGCUACGACCGAUACCAAUCCCUCCACUGUUUCGGUGAAGACAUGAAGCGCAAUCUCCUAGAAGCCGCCAAGAUCAUCGGUAAGUCUUUUUCAAGAAUGUUUAUGUUCUUUAACUAG